AUGACCCACGUUUCACGAGACUCAGAGGAAUCGGACAAGGAUGAUUUGCUAGCUCUACUCCAAGCUCAUGGCCAAAACUUCCUAUCUUCAUUUAGGACUCUACCAGAGUCGACAAACGAACGAAAACGGAAGCGUCGAAAACUCGACACUGUUGUACUUGAGGAAACUGUUGAAGAGGACAACUCCGACAAUGAAUGGACGGGAUUCGACUCAUCAGGGUCUGAACACUCGGAAUCUGGAGCCUCUGGCUCCGACCAUUCCGAGAGUGCGGGUGAUGAGGAAUUAGAUGAUGUUCAAGAUGACGACUUCCGAAGUGACCACCCCGCUCAAAAGGAGCCCGAAGUCGUAGUAUUUUCCUCUCCAUCUCAGUCGGAAAGUACGAGAGUGUCUAAGUCCUUAGCAAAAUCAUUUAUGUCUUCAAAAGUAUCUAAACUACGCCAAGAAAUAACAAAUCCUGGUGUUGACAACUCACGGAAUGAUGACAAUGAAGACGAAGAUGAAAGAACGAACUUACAAAACGAUGCACUACUCCACAAACUCGUGCACACGAAACUUCUCUCAGGUUCACUAAACUCCGAACUCAAUCUCACCCCAGCACAACGAAGAAGAGCACUAGAGGGCCGCGUUCUCGAACUCGCUGCCGGAGCAAAACUCGGCAAGGGUGAAGUGGCUGUGAAACAGGAGGAGCGGAGCAAAGCUAGUAAGAAGGUUCGGAUGGGUUUGGAACGAAAAGUUGAGGAAAGGAGACAAAAGGCUGUAGAGGAGGCGAAAGAAUUGGGAAACUACCACCCCAGUAUCAAGCGCCUAUACGAUGCCAACGCCGACAAGAAGCCAGACCGUAAGAAAAGAGACCGUGGUCUCAAGCUAGGCGUAGGCAAAUUUGCUGGUGGAGUCCUUAAACUCAGGAAGAGCGAUAUUGCUUCUGUGCAAGGUGACUCUAGACCAUCAAGAGGCGGGUUUAGAGGCGGUAGAAGGGGUUCUGGUAGAAAUUGA